GUCUGUACCGCCACCGCUCCUGGAGGUGAAUCACCCUGGUCGCCGCCAUGCUCUAUCUCCUGUGUUUCUUUGCCCUGGUGGCCUCCGCUCUGGGUUGCGGAAGACCCGCGAUCCCACCCAGAGUCAGUGGCUACAACAAGAUCGUCAACGGCGAAAAUGCCGUGUCAGGAUCGUGGCCCUGGCAGGUUUCCCUUCAGGACUACAGCGGAUUCCACUUCUGCGGCGGCUCCCUGAUCAACCAGAACUGGGUGCUCACUGCUGCUCACUGUCGUGUCACCACUCGCCACCGCGUUAUUUUGGGAGAGCACGACCGUGGUUCCAGCGCUGAGCAAAUCCAGGUCAAGAGCAUCGCCAGGGUCUUCACUCACAGCUACUACAACAGCCAGAACUUCAACAACGACAUCACCCUCAUCAAGCUGUCCUCCCCGGCGCAGCUGACCUCCCGCGUGUCCCCCGUGUGCCUGGCCACCUCCAGCACCAGCAUCCCCUCCGGAACCAGGUGUGUCACCACAGGAUGGGGCAAGACCGGCAGCACCUCAAGCCCACGGAUCCUCCAGCAGACCUCGCUGCCUCUGCUGUCUCCGGCACAGUGCAAGCAGUACUGGGGUUAUAACAGGAUCACAGAUGCCAUGAUCUGCGCUGGUGCCUCUGGAGUCUCCUCCUGUCAGGGCGACUCUGGCGGCCCUCUGGUGUGUGAGAGCAGUGGAGUCUGGUCCCAGGUGGGCAUCGUGUCCUGGGGCACGUCCAACUGCAACGUGCGCGCCCCUGCCGUGUACGCCCGCGUCUCCUACUUGCGCAGCUGGAUCGACCAGGUGGUGUCUUACAACUAGUACGUUCCAGUCUGGAGGUGCUGUCUGCCGUUCCUACUGUCCCGGUGGCUGCCAGUCAGUUUACAGCUUUGACUGAUGCAAUUCAAUAAAGCUACG